UUUAUUCUUUGGAAGAUUUAUUUCUGGGUGCGUUAUGACAUGAACUCCAAUUUUAGAACAAACAUAUCUCGAAGUAGAAUUAUGGUUCAAGUACAUCCUCGAUGGUGGGUGGCCCUCAAACCUUUGCCAAAUUUUUGCUGUUUACCGAAGAAUGCAAUUGAACGGGCCAGCAGAACGUAGCAGGCACCCUUGAGGUAUGAAAAAGAACAUUCUGGCAAACGAUCAGCAGGAGAUGACGGAAUUAUGGAUGGGAGGACGGAGCACAAAUUUUAUUCCGUCCUACUAACAUUCAUUCCGCUAUUUACAGGGCACGGGGCUUAACCCCAUCCUGGGAUUACGAUUUCAAAAAGGCAACUUCAUAACACAAUUUUUCUUCCUCGUUCUUCAUCAUUUUCAAGUCUGGCGUUUCUACACCGGGCGUCUUUGCCAUAAUGGAUACCAGAAGAGUAUCCUUCCAUCAAAAGUCUCUCACCAGCAAAAUCCUGGACGGCAGACGAGACGACAGCAUCGACAACUUAGCUCAAGUCCCCAGGAGGAAGCCCAAACCUCCUCUGGAGCGUCAGUUUUCUUGUCAAUCGAGGUCUUCCUUGAGGAGAGCCUCAGUCAUCGGCAACCGUAAGGGCAGUGCUUCUAUUAGGAAAUUAUCAACUUAUACGAUAGCAUCCCGGGGAAACUGGGGAUCUAAAUGGGAAUUUCUGCUUUCCUGUGUUGGGUUGUCUGUUGGUAUAGGAAAUGUAUGGAGGUUUCCUUAUCUGGCUUAUGAGCAUGGUGGAGGAGCAUUUCUCAUCCCGUACCUUCUUAUGCUAUUACUGGCUGGAAAACCUUUAUAUUUCAUGGAGCUAGCGUUUGGUCAAUUUGCGGGUUUAGGACCACUUGCUAUUUGGAAUUGCCUUCCUAUAGCGAAAGGUAUAGGUUACGCAAUGGUAACCAUUUCCUUAGUGAUCUGCAUAUAUUACAAUGUAAUCGUAUGCUACACAGUGUUCUACAUAGCAUCUACUUUCCAGACAACGGUUCCUUGGGCCAGUUGUCCAUCUUAUCCAGAAAACACCACAAAGUGCCAUGUCAGAACUGAAGGAGAUAAUAUGUCACAUGUAGGUUCCAAGUUAUCAAGUGAAAUCUAUUGGGAAAACUAUGUGCUUAAUUUAUCAGAAGGUAUCGAAGAUCCAGGUGGAAUAAAAUGGGACCUCAGCCUUUGUUUACUUUUCAGCUGGAUUGUUGUUAUUGCUUGUCUCCUACAAGGGAUAAAAACAUCCGGAAAGGUUGUAUAUUUUGCAGCUACAUUUCCAUAUAUUGUACUUAUAAUUUUAUUAAUCACCGGCCUUUUACAAGAAGGAGCUGUAAAUGGAAUUCUGUAUUUCAUUUCUCCUAAUUGGAAAAAGCUUCUAGACAUAAAGGUUUGGCAAGCAGCUGCUGGGCAGAUGUUCUUUUCACUUGGAGUCUCGAUGGGAGCACUUAUUAUGUACAGUAGCUAUAAUGAUUUUAGGAACAAUAUUUUUCGAGAUGCUAUGGUGGUCAGUGUUCUAGAUACAGUGACCAGUAUCAUAUCUGGUAUGGUUAUCUUCUCAGUUUUAGGAGCGAUGGCACAUGAUUUAGGACCUGGAACGAGUGUAGAAGAUGUCGUAGCUUCUGGCCCGGGAUUAGCAUUCAUGGCAUAUCCUGAGGCAUUAAGCAGAUUACCAAUGCCUCAGCUGUGGUCCAUCCUUUUCUUCUUCAUGCUCUUCAUUCUGGGAUUAGACAGCGAGUUUGCUUUAAUGGAGAAUGUACUGACGAGUUUUUGCGAUGAAUAUCCUCAUUUACGGAAUCAUAAAUCUAAACUAUGUAUCAUGCUCGGCAUCAUGUGCUUCCUAUUAGGCCUUCCCUGUACAACCAGAGGAGGACAGUAUAUUUUAGAGAUGAUGGACAAAUAUGGCGGAGGUACUGCGGUUGUAUGCGUUGCUGUGAUCGAAAGCAUGGCGAUUGCAUGGAUGUAUGGUGUUACUCGAUUCUGCGAGGAUAUAAAGUUCAUGCUUGGGAAGAAACCGGGCAUCUACUGGAGAAUUACAUGGAAAAUAACUGCUCCUGCAAUUUUGACCUUUGUUUUCGUGUAUUCCUUGGUGGAACAUGAAACUUUGAAAUAUGGCAGCUACGAUUUCCCAGACUGGGCAGAUGCUGUAGGAUGGGGAUUGGCAUCUCUCUCAAUGCUUCAGAUACCUUUUUGGGCUGUACUUGCAGUUUGGAAUCAACGUGGCACAACACUCAAAGAGAAAUUCAAACUUGCCAUCAAGCCCAAUGAAGAAUGGGGCCCGAGUGAUGAGCUCAUAAGAGAUUUCUACAAAGCACAAAUGGACAAUACCGCUCCAAGCAGUGAAAGCACUUCGGUUCGAUAUCUAGCCAGAAAUAGCAAUGAAUCGGGUAUUUUAGAAUAUCUGUGAGCAUCCUUAUCAGUCUGGUAUCAUCUGUUUCAGAAGAUGCAUCAGGAAAGAAGUAAAUCCAUUAGGUAUUUGUGCAUUGUGUGUCAAUAAAAUAAUGCGAUGGUUCUACUUUCUGAAAUGGUUUUGAAAGUGAUAUAUCGAAAUCCCUUUUAUUUUAAAGUUCCAUUAAUAUUUUUAAUGGCUAAAGAUAGCAAAUAGGAAGAAGUAUUUUUAUCUCUUAUAGCUGAUGUGCCAAAUAUUGAUCGGAUUAAAAUAUUUUCGCAUCCAUUAUUUUUAAUAUAAAAAUAUUUUUGCAAAAAACGUUAUAAUUUACAAAAUUAUUAAAUCGUCUGAAGUGUUUUUUUAAAAUUAAAAUGCGAAUAUGAAUUGGAUCAGACGAUUUUUAUAAACUGCCGAGAACUAAUUUUUUUUCAAAUGUCGUGCCGGUCUAUUGACAUAUUUAUUAAAAUGUGAAAAAAUUAAUAAGAAUCAAUUUAUAAAUUUGACCGCAAAUGGAACUGAUAUCAUUACAGUGAUAAAAGUUUGAAUUUUAAGGUAAUAAAAAGUAUUUCUUGUGAAAUGAAUUUCACCGAAAUUAUAAAUAAACAAAAACUUCUGUUUAUUUUGCUUAGCUUAAUUUUAAUUAAAUAUUGAUUAAAUUUUUAACUUUCAAAAGUAGAUAGUAUUUUUACUAUUAUCUUAAAAAGUCAGUGUAUGAGGUUUAAAGCUGCUAAUAACUAAUUUUUAAGAAGAGAUGUGGAACAUAAUAAAUCCAAUGUUUUUUUAUUUAUAUCAAAAUUUCUUUAACAGUCAUUUCAAAAUCAUUAUUGUAGAAAAUGAAAUUUUCUCUUUAAAUUGGAAGAUCAUCAUUUAAUCAUUUAAUCAUAAUUAAUCAUGAAAAUUUCUCUGAGAUAGGCAUAUUUAAUUAUUAAAGCGCGUAAUGAAUUAUCAUAUACUUUUCAUGCAUAAAAGUUGAAACAAAAAAAAAUAUGUAUCAGUUAUUCAUGAGAAAAUUUAGCAAAAUAAGUAUAAUAUUCAAUACACCAUAUUAUCAAAGUUGGAGAAUCUAGCCUCUGAUAAUGUUAUUCUCUUCUGAGAAAUAACAAUAAAAUUGGAUAUGCCUUAUUUUAUUAUUUAUUAUACAAACUUCAUUAUCUGAAGAAUUUUCUGCUCUCAGAACGUUUCGGCAAAUAAAGCAAUAAACGCGCCUUGGAACGAAAUUUGAAGAAUGGAGAAAUCCAGCAAUGUAUUUUUUAUAAUUUUUAAUUACUUACAUUUCUUGAAUGUCACAUUACUUAAUUGACGCACAGUACAUCAUUUCAGCAAUUUAUGGGUUUUAUAUAUAGGAUUUUGAGGAUAAGAAUUGAAAUCAUUUUGUACUCAUAAUGAAAAUGAUGUUUUUGCACUCAAAUGAAAUUUCUUAUUUUGUUGUGCAAAUAUGUAAGAUGAGAUGAGCGGAAAUGCAAAUAAAAUUACACAUAUUUUCAGUGAUAA